UUUACGCACCGCACGCACCGACCCGAAGAGCUUCUCGUCCAUUCAGCUGAGACAAUCACACCCCGGCGGCAUGGCAGACCUGAUGGCAAACGAGGCGUUCUCCUGUUUCGUUUUCUACGGCGUGCUUCUGGUGUUAAAAAUGUACACUGUGGCGAUAAUAACGGGACAAGUGAGGCUGCGCAAAAAGGCCUUUGCCAACCCCGAGGACGCGCUGAGACACGGAGGUCUGCAGUUCCACAGAGAGGACCCGUACGUGGAGAGAUGCCGCAGGGCUCAUGUCAACGACAUGGAGAACAUCCUCCCAUUCCUCUUUCUGGGCGCCAUCUACUCCAUGACGGGGCCGUGCCUGGUCGCGGCCCGCGUCCACUUCCUGGCCUUCGCCGCGGCCCGCUGUCUGCACACCGUCGCCUACCUGUUGGGCCUGAGGGCGCCGACCCGCUCGCUGGCCUACGUCGUGGCGCAGAUCCCGUGCGUCUCCAUGGCCCUGCAGAUCCUGGUGGCGGUCGCGGCGUACGCCUGAAGACCCAGAAAAGGGAGAGACCGAACUGGACGAGCUGUUCUGGCUGGAAAGAUCUUUUUUUUAAAUUUUUUUUUUUUUUUUUUAAUAUUUAUAGAGGAUCCCGGAGAGGCCUCCUGUGGGGGGAGAACACAAAAAGACAAGACUGUCCAGUGAGAGUGCAAUAUGAGGUGUGUGUGUGUGACUACACCACGGAUGGGUUUUAGGAGGAUUUUUGUCAGUAUUUUUAUUGUUCUAUUUACAAUGGUGAAAUGUUAAAAGUUGACAUCCUGUACUGUUCUAUUUAAAAUGACAAAUGAAGGUCGUCGCCCCAACUCCAUUUUUGCGUUUGACCCGGUUCUGUUGAUAUGAAACGGAUGGAACCGGACAGACAAAGAGUUGUAGACGUUGUAAACACCCCCUCCCCCCCUCCCCCACUCCACCAUACGUUUUGGGGAAACUGUCUGUCUAGUUACUACAUUUUAAGGAAGGAAAAAGGAAUCCUAUGACCGUUUGACCCGGAAAUAAAUGUGGCAACAACCCGCAGAAAACAAAAAGUGGUGAAAGAAUUGUUACCUGUGAAAAUGUAUUUUGAGGCUUUAAGGUAUUGUAGUAAUUUAUUAAUCAUUGUAAUGUAUUUAGAGAGGUUUUGUAAUUCCAACAUGCAUUUUUUUUUUAGCUAAUAAAACAAUUGAUGCAUGAACCAGAGUUUACUUUUAGCGGACUCUGCGUUCCUGUCUGAGGGAACCGUGGCCCACUUUGUGUGUGUUUUCACGCGGACGUGAGAGGAUCCAGCAUUCCUCCAUCUAUUACGUAAGAUCUUUGGCUCUGUGCUGCGUUCGCUGUCGUGUUGUGAGAGGCCAGGAGGGAUAUAGGCAAUAGUUU